AUGCGUAAAAGUGAUGCUUCAUACAGAACUAAAGCGACUCAGUUAUUUCCCUCCCCUACCUUGUGUACAGUGAAUUAUGGGAUUACCAAAGUGGAAGGACAGCCUCUUCACACAGAGUUGAGCAGGCCUAUGGACAAUUGCAACAAUCUCAGGAUGUCUCCGGUGAAAGGGAUGCAGGAGAAGGGGGAACUGGAUGAACUCGGUGAUAAGUGUGACAGCAACGUCUCCAGCAGCAAGAAGAGGAGGCACAGAACAACUUUCACCAGUUUGCAGCUAGAGGAACUGGAGAAAGUAUUCCAGAAAACUCACUACCCCGAUGUCUAUGUAAGAGAACAGCUGGCUCUGAGAACAGAGCUCACUGAGGCCAGAGUCCAGGUUUGGUUCCAGAAUCGAAGAGCAAAAUGGAGGAAAAGAGAACGCUAUGGUCAGAUCCAGCAAGCUAAGAGCCAUUUUGCUGCCACUUAUGAUAUAUCUGUUCUUCCAAGGACUGACAGCUACCCUCAGAUUCAGAACAAUCUGUGGGCAGGGAAUGCAGCUAGCGGUUCUGUGGUUACUUCCUGCAUGCUGCCACGAGACACGUCCUCCUGUAUGACACCUUAUUCCCAUUCGCCCCGGACAGAUUCUGGCUACACAGGCUUUUCAAACCACCAGAAUCAGUUCAGUCAUGUUCCUCUCAAUAAUUUUUUCACUGACUCUUUACUUUCUGGGGCAACCAAUGGACAUGCUUUCGAAACCAAGCCGGAGUUUGAAAGGAGGUCCUCCAGCAUUGCAGUUCUACGGAUGAAAGCCAAAGAGCAUGCUGCCAAUAUUUCCUGGGCUAUGUAAUAUAGCAGUAUCCUCUCUUAUUUUCCUUUUUUUUGUUUGUUUUUAAUAGCAAACGGAAAACAUUUUUAUUUCCCAUAUUUAAAGGACACAACAAUAAGCUGCCAUGUGUGAAAUGCUAGAAAUCACAAUAUACACAAUGUCUGCUUAAACAAAUGCAAUAAAAUAUUCAACAAAAAAACAAGAAUAAACCAAAUAGAUUUACCAUGCAUCAAGCUCAGCAAGCCCUCUUUGUUUUGUUUUUUAUAUAGAAUUAUGUUUUGUUGUACCAGUUCAUGAAAUAUGAUUAUAGAACCUGCAAAAAACAAUAAAACUAUUAAACAAA